AUGGUACGUAUCGCGAUCCUGAGGUCACGAUAUGGUCGCCGAGACAAGCAGCUAGGAAUAAUUGUUGGUGUCACCAUCGGCAUCGUCUGCAUCGUCAUCUGCAUUGUGGUCAUCGUUUUUCGCAACAGAUCCCGUGAACCUCCGCCCAUUUACCAUGGUAACGGCCACCUUCCAGGCCAUGGCAAUGGUCAUGCUGUUCACGUGACGACCAACCGCCUCUCGGUGCAGAGUUCGGACAUCGAGGCGCUCACGCCCAUGUUGAACUCACUGCAGGAGAACACAGAGUGUUUCAGAUCCCGUGAACCUCCGCCCAUUUACCAUGGUAACGGCCACCUUCCAGGCCAUGGCAAUGGUCAUGCUGUUCACGUGACGACCAACCGCCUCUCGGUGCAGAGUUCGGACAUCGAGGCGCUCACGCCCAUGUUGAACUCACUGCAGGAGAACACAGAGUCAGAUUCUAAGGGGGGCGGUACCCUGAUCGUGACGCCAAACGGAGUGCGAGUGAACGGGAUCAGUCACAGUUUGCAGAACGGACAUGUGGGCAAUGGUCAUGUGAUUAGGAGGGACGGUAAUGUGCAUCUUGGCAAUCGAGGCAGCUCAGAAGAGCAUCACGGGCUCAUCGCUGCGGUCCAGGCCUCAUCUGGGAGUAGCCCUGGCUCUGCGGGUCGAGAGAUGUCCACAUAUGCAGGGGAAAGUCUAGAAGAGAUUGAUGGGAGUCUGGAGGACGAGAGUCACAUGACCUCUGUUGUCAAGGCACCCAAUGGGGAGGCAGCCAUGUUGAAGGUGACCCCCAGUGAAGGAGGAGACACAACCCGGAUCUCUCCAUCUCGCCGCGGGGGCAGCAGCGGCGGCGACGACGCGGCGGCAUAGGGCCAGCUCAGGCAGCAUCUUCAUCCCCAACCCUCAGGAACAACGGCAGCGGCGGCAGCAGCAGCAACGCAGCUGACAGCACUACCUCAUCUCACCUGCCAAGCAGCAACACAACCUCGAGGCGGGAUCAAGGUCAAGGUCACAAGGACCUACCUCCCACCCCUCCUCCACCUCUCGAAAGCAGCAGCAGCACCCAGAGCAGUACCUCAACUCAGGAAUCUCCGGUGGGAGCCGGGACACAUGUUGACAGUCUGCCCCCUAGAGUCGGGGCAGGGAAAUUACCUCAUUUGUUUGUACGUGAUGGAACAUGGGGAGGUUUAGAGCAAUCGGACUCCGUGGUGUAGUGGUGCUACACCACACUGCUAAUGAUAAACUUGUGUUGUCUACAAACUGACCUCAUUCAUAGCGUGGCUGCUGCCCACACACCCACUUUCCGUCUCUCCGUUACCUGCAGUGGCAGGAUACAUGAACAGACGAAUGGAGCGAUGGAUGGUGGGUGUGGUGCCCUGGGGCCACGAUGCGGUGUACUACUAUCUUCCUGUGAUGCGGGUAUUAUAUACACUUUUUUACUUCUCCUUUUAAGAGUGAUCAAGUGGCAAACGUGAACAGAUGAUACCUCAUUUUUAACUACCAACAACUUCUGGAACUGUUGCUAUGGAAACAGAUCAUCUCCUCAGAGACUUGUUUUAUAUUGUACCUCUUUAGCUGUUUCCAUGACAAUGUGUCAUGGUUCGGCCAACAGCAAUUCAUUUGGACUGAGGUGCAAAGGGUAAUGUUGCCAAUGGUGUUGCUAUGGACAUGAUGGGUGUUGCUAAGCUCAGGUCAACUGUUGCCAUGGAGACUGAAGGUAUAGUGUGGACUAAGUGAUGCAUGAGGAUGGAGAAAGGCAGCUCCUCCUUGACACAGCUACAUGUUUAUGGAUCAGGACCAGCACUCCCCGUGGUCAAGGUCACGGGAUGUUCAGGGUCAAGGUCACAGGAUGUUCAGGGUCUGUGGUCAAGGUCACUGAAAGUUCAGGGUCUGUGGUCAAGGUCAUAGGAUGUUCAAGGUCUGUGGUCAAAGCCUCGGAAUAUUCAGGGUCUGUGGUGUCCACACUACACAAUCACCGCCAGGACCACGGUGUUCCCAUGCCACACUACCAUCGGACUCAAGCCACUGCUGCUAGGAUCUGCAAAGAGACGUACGGCGGCAGCUAGCGAUGUCGUAUCCCAUGUGUUUUUCGUCAACGGUUAUAGGGAGAGGAUGCUGCCACUGAUCCCUCUCCUCCAGACAAGACGGCAGCUCAUUGGGGGACUCAACUCAUAGUUGUAGUGUAUUCCAUUUUUGCUAUAUGACAGUAUUUUACUAAACAAAUCAUGGUUAAAUAAGGUCUAGUUGUCGCUGCUCCCGUCAGGAUUGAUUCUGCUCUGUGUCGUCGUGUGCGAGGACUCGUCAACCUAGGAGCCAUCAUUGUGUUUUAUGUGUCAUGUCACUUCUCAGGAUGUGGCUGCACUUUUUUUUGUGUAUGAUGUCACUUCCUGUGUGGAACUGGUACUACUUUUUGUGUAUGAUGUCAUGACUUCCUGUGUGGAAGCUGUUUUAUGUGUAUGAUGUCACUUCCUCCAGUGGGACAUGCUAGUUACCUCAUAAGUAUCUACCUCACUUCUGCAGUGGCGGCGAUGUACAACGGGCGAGCGGGGAGGGAAAGCAGCGAUGGUGACAAGGUGGGAGCGUUGUCUUGAACUCGGUCUAUCUCAGGGAGUAUCUAAGUCACUAUAAACCGCGAGUCAAAAUUUGACGCCUCACUUUGUCCACAGCUGCAGCUGCCACAGGUCGUCGCCAUGGCAACUUGGCUGAUUAGUCACCGUGCACCUGAUAAAGGUGGAGGUCAACUAAUAGCCAGUGUGUACCUCGAAGAGACUGACCUGCAUCUGGACGCCGACCAUGACGGAUGACUACAACAUCAACAGCAACAUCUCCGGCUGACGCUGUUGUGAGCUGUCAAGUCAACCGCCUGCUGAUUUAACCGGAGUGGGUCAGAAUCGCUAACUAUACCUCGGGAGGGGGCGGAAUGUUAGUUUUCAUGGUUUAUGUACUGUCAUACCAAUCUGUAUCAGCGUAGCCAUCAUAGGGGGACAAGCACGAGGUGGGAGCCAGGGUGGGGAUGGGGUUUGGUCUGAAGCAACUACCUCUGGCAUACCUACCGGUUUAUUUACAACCAUGGUAUGCAUGCUAAAAACCACAUGCAAACUCACUAUAGAACCCAACAUUUUUCGAGUUAGAUACAGCUAACACAGACGCCCUCACCAUGUUGGUUUAGCGUAGAAGAUGAGGGAGACUGUAUGGCUGCAGCAUCGGUCAGGGCAAGGGAGGGUGGGUUUGUGUUGUCAGUAGCGGACGGAAGACUUGCUGUUGUUGGCAGAAUCGGUGUUCCAAUCGGAUCAUUCAUGCUCAAGAAAACUACCAUUAGUGUCUUUAUAUUAGAUUAUGAAAAACUAAAGUUUUAUAGAAAACAGUUUUCUAGUUUCUAUGGCAACUGUAUUUUAGGGGGAAGCUAUCCCUGGGGAAACUGUAGCAACAGCAAGGCAUUCAGACUGAUGACCGACAUACAGACAUGGCCAUAUAUGGCUCUCAGUUUCCUUAAACAUGGCAGCAUUUCUCAUCUUCAGGUCUGUGUUUUUAAACAAACGGCGAUGCAGUUUUUAAUUUUUUUUAGAAAACUGAUAAUUUUCUAAUAUGUUUACCAUUAUAUACCUCAUCACUACUCGGGUUUCAUAACCCUUCACCCCUUGGCUAUGUUACUGGUACAGUCCUGGAAUAUUAGAGGGAGCGUACACUCUAACAUAGAGGGGUGAUAGGUAACUCAUGGCAGGAAUUGUUGGUUAUUUUCAUUAAUUUAUGAUUUCACAUCAGUGAUCCCUGGCUCCGCCCCUCGUGUGAUUCUGUAAAUAACCUCGUCCCCCUUGUGACGUUGCUGACGACAACGGAACUGCACCUGAUAUGCAUGUGUUGUGUGUACUGUGCAGCAGUAAGGAGAGUGGGCGUGUCUUCCGAUCUCUUCCUCCACACACUACCCGCCCCCAAGGGUAGGUGGAUGGGAACAGAGAGGGGCUGCCGCCAUUCAUACCUCAGCUGGGAAAGGGAGGCAACUCUAUAUGAACUGAAAUGUACAUGUUGUAUGAGAAUAUGCCAAUAUCUUCUUCAAUUUGUGUUUUCACCCUGUUUUUGUCCAAGCAUAUUAUUCCAAUCUGACAAAUGUUGGUUAAUUAGAUGCAGUUGCCUCCCCUGCCAGAGAUCCGAAUUUAAAUGUGUCUAUUGUAGGAUUUCUAUGUAAAGUGUGUACGGUGUUUUAACAUAUUGUACAGGCACUUGCUAGGAUGAUUUAUAAUAAUAAUAAUAAUAACAAUAAUAUUGAACUAUGUACGUGGUAAGACAGUAAUAUAUACAUUCUUCUCCGUUUUCACAAUCCCUUCUGUCUAUUGCUUGUGAUAACUCUGUGCGAGACCGGUGAAUUCUCUGUACCAUUUUUCCCUUGAUAACAAGCGUAGUGAAGUUCUGCAUCUGAUGUAUUUGAACAAGUGACAGGUAGUUAUCAGUGUGGUCGAGAUGGUUACACGUUAAGAAAUGUUUGUUGUAGGUAAACGCCCCGUGGAAAGCAUCCAAUAUUGUCUUGCCACCAGUGUGUGUUGACCGUGUAGGGGUUGGCAUGACUCCAGUCAGUGGCUGUAAUGGUACAUCAUGGUGGGUGCUGCCCCCUGUUGGUGGUUGAGAGAGUUUACGGGGCAUAUAUCAUCUGCACUCUGCUGAAUUGUACUGUGUCUUCAGAGCUUAAAACAUUAUAGUUCCUUCCCGUGUUAUAAAAAAAAAAUAUAUACUGACACAUUUUGAAAAUGUAUGGUUGAUGUUAUUUUAAUAAGGCCACAUAAACUAUGUUCUUAUUUCUCAUCACUUUUUAACAAAAGUAUUGGUCAGGCA